AUGAACGCACCAAUCCAGUCCCCCAAGCGCCAGGACUCCACAUCCUCCAUCUCCUCCUCAUCGUCGCACAUGUCCACAAACCAAAUGAUGGCGCCACCUCAACCCAACGGUCAGCAACCCCCUUCAACCGAGGCCUUCCUCCGCGACUUCACCCUCGUCGCCGAGGCCGCGAAACGUGCCCAGAUGGCCGUCAUGAUGCGCGACUUUGACGAUGAGCUCUCCCCGACGUCCCGGCAAGCUUUCUCCAACUGGCUCAGACCGUCUUUUUGA